AUGAAAUACGUUCUUGUUUCUGGAGCUUCUUCCAGUGGGCUUCUUUUGAAGACCGAUGGCCUCAAGAUAAGUAGUAACCUUAUCGACCCCUACAUGAAUGUCGAUGCCGGGACUAUGGCGCCUACAGAACACGGCGAGGUUUUCGUGUUGAAUGAUGGCGGGGAGGCUGAUCUAGAUCUUGGAAACUAUGAGAGAUAUUUGAAUGUUACUCUCUCUCGGGAUAAUAACAUCACCACCGGGAAGAUGUAUAAGCAUGUUAUUGAAAAGGAGCGGCGAGGGGACUACCUUGGCCGCACGGUCCAGAUUGUUCCUCACCUCACAGACGCUAUCCAAGAUUGGAUAGAGCGUGUAGCUAGAACUCCUGCUGAUGACAGCAACGAGGAGCCUGAUGUCUGCGUUAUCGAGCUUGGUGGAACGCUUGGCGACAUCGAGAGCGCACCGUUUGUUGAGGCUAUGCGUCAGCUACGCCGUCGUGUUGGAAAAAACAAUUUCCUCCAAAUUCAUGUCUCGCUUGUCCCUGUCAUUCAUGGGGAGUUGAAGACCAAACCCACGCAGCAGGCUAUACGGGAUGCGCGCUCAGCCGGUUUGAGCCCCGAUUUAAUUGCCUGCCGCUGUGAGAGGGCCCUUGACAAGGCUACCACUGAUAAGAUUGCCAUGUUUUGUCAGGUUGAACCCGAGCAAGUUAUUGGCGUUCAUGAUGUUGCUUCCACGUAUCAUGUCCCUUUGCUUCUAGAACAGCAAGGCUUUCUCAGCCAGCUUCGUGAUAUUCUCAAGGUUUCUGACUUGACCAUUCCUCAAACUUUUAUAGACAAGGGCCAGAACACUUGGAAACAGUGGAAAGCUCUCACAACCUCUCAAGAGCAUGUCUAUAACACUGUCAACAUUGCCCUUGUUGGCAAGUACACUAGUCUCCACGACUCUUAUCUCUCGGUCAUCAAAUCCUUGGAACACUCUGCCAUGGCUUGCCGCCGAAAACUUAAGAUCACCUGGAUUGACUCUUCUAAUCUCGAGAAGGCAGUUUCUGAGACAAACCCGGAAGCAUUCCACAAGGCCUGGCAUGAUAUGUGCACUGCUGAUGGCAUCCUUGUUCCUGGUGGCUUUGGCACCCGUGGCACUGAAGGUAUGGUUGCUGCUGCUCACUGGGCCCGUACUAAGGGCAAACCGUAUCUUGGUAUCUGUCUCGGCAUGCAGAUAGCUGUCAUAGAGUAUGCCCGUAACGUCUGCGGUAUUUCUCACGCUAGUUCUAUCGAAUUUGACGACCACACUUCUGAUCCUGUGAUCGUGUUCAUGCCUGAAAUUGAUCAGGUCAACCUUGGCGGUACCAUGCGCCUUGGAUCUAGGCCAACUAUCUUCCAGGACGGUAGCGAAUGGUCUAAGCUCCGAAAGCUGUAUGGGCUUGAUCGUGCUUCUAUUGAUGAGCGCCACCGUCACCGUUAUGAAGUCAAUCCCGAAUACAUUGAUACUCUUCAGAAAGGUGGACUACACUUCAUCGGUAAGGAUGAUAAGGCGGAGCGUAUGGAGAUUAUCGAACUCAAGAGCCACCCUUGGUUCGUUGGGGUUCAAUUCCACCCAGAGUAUUUGUCCCGUGUGCUCGCUCCUAGCAAACCAUUCCUCGGCCUUGUUGCCACUGCAGCCGGUGUUUUUGACGAAAUCAUGAAAUCUCAAGCCUGCGGGGGAGAUUUGGCCAGUGGUGUUGCUAACAUCGCGAUUUAA